AUGUUUCCUUGCAAGAUUUGGACUAAAUGCCUACAGGUGAAGGGGCGGUUGCUGCCUUGGCUGCUUCUUCUUCUUUCACCUCUAAGCGCCACUGGGUCGUUCAUACAUAGAAAGUACGCGUUCUUGCCCAACCUUCCGAAUUUUCAGUAUAUCUUGGAUGAUUCUCGUGGGUUCGGUCGGGUGUUCGAUGGGAUCGGCGGGAUGAGCAGCGGCGGGGCAGCCUCCCGACUUCUAGUCAACUACCCUGAGCCUCAGCGUUCUGAAAUAUUGGAUUAUUUAUUUAAGCCAAACUUUGGUGCUUCUUUGCAUAUUCUGAAAGUGGAAAUAGGUGGUGAUGGACAAACAGCAGAUGGCACUGAGCCUUCUCAUAUGCACCAGCAUGAUGAGGAUGACUAUCGCCGGGGCUAUGAAUGGUGGUUAAUGAAAGAAGCUAAGAAGAGGAAUCCCCAUAUUAAACUUGUUGGGUUGCCAUGGUCAUUUCCUGGUUGGAUAGGUCAAGGUAAAAGCCAUCCCUUUAGCAAUUUGACAAUGACUGCUUUAUAUGUUGUUUCUUGGAUAAUGGGUGCUAAAAAACACCAUAAAUUGGACAUCGAUUAUGUUGGGAUUUGGAAUGAGAAAAACCCUGAGAAAGAAUAUAUACAGAUGCUAAGAAAAAUACUUAAUGAAAAAAAGCUACACAGAGUGAAAAUCAUAGCUAACGAUUACACAUGGGCUCCCAUUUCUUUUGUAUUGGAAAAGGAUCAAGAACUCAAGGACAGCAUCGAUAUUAUUGGAGUUCAUUAUACUGCAAAUCAAAGUAAUAGUAAUGCUUUGGAGACAAAAAAAAAACUCUGGUCUUCUGAAGAUUGCAACAUUUUUAAAGAUGAAACGGGUACAGGCUUCUGGGCCCGCAACUUGAAUCAGAAUUAUGUGAUUGGCCAAAUUACUUCCACAAUUGCUUGGAACUUAGUGGGUAGCUAUUAUCCACAAUUACCUUUUGAGAAAGAUGGAAUGCUGACUGCUAAGGAGCCUUGGAGUGGGCAUUAUGUUGUAGAGGCUCCUACUUGGAUUUCAGCUCAUACCACUCAGUUUGCUCAACCAGGGUGGAAAUACCUGAAAACAGUUGGCCUUUUAAAAGAAGGUGGAAGCUAUGUAGCUCUUGCAGAUGGCUUAGGUAACCUCACUAUUAUCAUUGAAACUAUGAGUUUUCCGUUUUCACAAUGCGUAAAGAAUAAUGAUAUUCAUCCUUUCAAAGUGUCUGAACAAAUAACCACUUUCUCUCUUCAGGGAACCUUUAAUGGAUUAGCAAUGCUACAGGUAUGGUAUUCCAAACUUGGGAAACAACCUUGGAAUGACACAUUCAAACAACUACCUCCUCUAAAGGUUAUUGAUGGAAUAGUCACAUUACAAUUGGGUUUGGAUGAAUUGUAUACUCUAACAACCCUCACUACAGGUAAAAAGGGCAAGCAUCCUAUUCCUCCAAAAUCAAAACCAUUUCCAUCUAAGUAUAAAGAUGAUUUCAAUGUUGGCGAUCAAUGUUUUAGUGCAGCUCCAAAUUUUGCAGAUCAAGCAGGUGUAUUCGAAUACUACACCAAUGAACAGGACACGGAGGAGCAUGCCUUCACCUAUCGUCAGAUGCUCAAUCAGCGACCUAUCACUUGGGCUGAUGAUGCAGAACAGACCAUCAGUAUUAUAGGAAAUCAAAACUGGAAGGAUGUAAAAAUAAGUUGUGAUGUCUUCAUGGAGUCAUCGAUGACAGGUGGUAUGUUCAUUGCUGCAAGAGUAAAUACGGGUAGGUCAUUUUUUCGAAAUGCCCAAGGAGUUUUCUUCUGGAUUUUGGCAAAUGGGACCUAUGAAAUUACAAGUGAUCUCGCAGCUACAAAGUUAAUAAAGAGAGGAGAUUAUAACAUCACGGUUGAAAGAUGGCAUACUCUCACUCUGGUUAUUAGUGAGGCUUCUGCUUAUGGCAUGCUAAAUACUACACAUCUCUGGACCACUUCGCUGAAGCCAUUUCCCAAGACUGGUUGGGCAGCAAUUGGAACACGUAGCUUCGAGUUUGGACAGUUUGAUAACUUUCAUAUUGAUGCUUAA